GUAACGAAGUUUCCUAUCGACCGUGCUGCUUUGCCACAGUUUCGUGAAAAGUUCAAGAGAAAAGUCAUUUCAUGCUGCAAGGAUAUCAGAGCUAUAAUUUCCUGCUACAAACUAUUUGUCGUGCAUAAUAAGGAUGACAUUCCUUCAGAGGUUUUCACACAGCAAUUUUGGUAUUACAUUGGACAAUUCAUUACUGAUAAAAAGGUUACUCACAAGAAGGCGUUGAACGACAGCAUCAAAACUUAUUUUGAUGACUUUAAACAAAAGCAUCGGACAAUAGUAAUCAGCCAUAGCUUCACCGAAGGCUAUAGUCAUUGUCUCACAGAAGCCGCCAGUGAGAUAAGCUUUUCGUAUGCUAAGUCUAUUGUUGAGCUCUGA